GUAGAAAAAGGAAACCCGAGAUCCACACUGCCACCGUCUCUCUAUAUAUUCAUACACCCAAAUCGAUUCCCGCGAGUAAAUAAAGACACGAAUCAUGGCUUCAGCAGCUGUCUGCAGCGCAAGAAUCUGCGGAACCAAGCGAUUGCAUCUGUUCGACGACGACGAAUACAACUGCGAUUUCCCAUCGCCGUACCCAUCGCCGGUUACAAAGAGACGCCGGUUCGUUCCCCCAGGUCUCGAGCGCCUUCAGGCGAGGUUCCCCAACAUGGAGGUGGCGGUUCUCGAGCUAGCCCUAGAAGAAUGCGGCGGCAACAUCGACGCCGCGAUCCACCGCCUCUGCCGUCUCUCCCUGGAAGAAGCACCUGCCGCAAAACCCAACCCCGCGGCGAAAAUCAGCAGCGAUCCUCCGACCCAGUGGGUUGAGCUGCUGGUGGAGGAGAUGGCGAAAGCGACGAGCAUGGACGACGCCAAGUCCCGAGCCGGCAAGGUGUUAGAAGCUCUGGAGAAGGCGGUGGCGCAGGCCGCCGGGAAGGAGAGCAAGAGAAGAGCGGAGGUCAUGAGCAGGGAGAAUUCUUUGCUCAAACGGGCGGUGGCGAUUCUCUACGAGCGGCAGAAGGACAAGAAGGAGAAGGAAGCCGAAUCAGAGGCCCUGAAGAAAUUGGUGGCGGAGUACCAGGAGAAACUGAAAACCCUAGAGGCUAACAAUUUCGCCCUGUCCGUGCACUUGAGUCAAGCGCUCCGCGGCGGUUCAAUUUCCGGCCAUUGCCGCCCCGAUGUCUUCUGACUGAAUUAGGGUUUUGUUUAGCUUUCUUCUUUGUAUUCUUCUUCUUCGAGAUUAGUUCCCAAAAGAGAAAACGCCUCUGUUCGUUUUUGUUUGUCAAUUAAAUUUGGUUCGUUAC